ACUGGUUUUCCGUGCCAGUAUGCGAAGUAAACGCUGUUGUGAGUAAACGCCUACGACGAAUCCUCUUGCAGAGUGCACUAUAAUGGCGACCACCUGCCGGCAAAAGACUAACCGCCGGCUGUUCCAAGAUCGCGACUCGAAAAGUUCAAAAUCGAGCUCUGUGGACAUCGGCCUGUGGGCAAUUUACAACGACGUCAGCGCAACAGCGGAUCAGUCGACGCGCGCUUCAGCGCCGACCUCGAGCGAAACGCCCAGUUUGUGUGAGCUACCCGCUCCGACGCCACCUCGACCAAGUCGUAGGUCGCUCCCCGCGCAACAAACGAAAUGUGCUUCUCAGCUGGCCAGGGAUCCCUCGAAAUCCCCGUCAACGCUCAAGAACAAGGUUAUCGACAUGUUCAAGCGCAAUGGUGGACGAGAGGAGGAAGAACUGGAGCUGUCGUCGACGUACGUGACAGGCGAUCUGUGGACACCUACCUGCCGAACCCGGAGUGUUCAACAUCGGCCACUGCCAGAACGUUUUCCAGAUUUCUUCAGACGCUCCUUCAGGCGAAAAUCCUACCGUGUACAGAAUCCUCGCUCACAUUCGCCGUAGACGUUACCGUGCUUAAAAGGCAAAAAAAAAAAAAUCACUUACGUGCACUUCGCUUCCAAGCUCAAGCUUUGCAAACCUGUAACACGAUGUAUCAACUACAUAUUACUCGUGUCUAUAUUAGGUACUCAGGUCACAUCAAAGUGUACCUUUCCGAAGACGAUCGGUGUUCAGAACGUUUCGCUACUGAGUUGAGCUAAUGGGGAAAAAAAAACAAUUAAGACAGUUCAUUUUGCCUAGCACUCGAUAUUUGAAGGUAUGACCUACGCCUGCAGCUAAUAACCCAGUGCCUAAAGAACAGCACCCACGUCUGGUAGCAUCACUCUGAAAUACUCUGCGCAAAUGUGCAUAUCUGUGUUUAUUUUUAUGCACGCCAGUCAGUCCGGUAUUUUUAAUACCCCUUGCUGACGAGUCUAAGAAAAACCGACGGAUUGUGCCAGCGUGCAGCGUGCAUUUUCGAUUCCGCAAGCCACGCAUGAGUGCGUUUAAUUGUCAGACCAUCGUUAUGUACAUUUGUAUUGUCACUUUUACAUGACAAUGUAAAGCGUGCUUACCUCAAUAAAACACACGAAAACU